AUGGCGGAUUACAAUUAUGGAGGCUCCGAAGAGGAGAAUGCGGAGCUGAAGAAGCUCGAGGCCGAACUGAUCGAUGAUCCGGAUAAUUUUGAAACCUGGGAACGACUGGUUCGCGCCGCUGAGGCACUCGAGGGAGGAAUCAACCGCAACUCCAAUUCGGAGGCAAUUACCACCGUGCGAAAUGUCUAUGACCGAUUCCUAGCCAAGUUCCCGUUGCUGUUCGGCUACUGGAAGAAAUACGCCGAUCUAGAAUUUUCUAUCACGGGUACGGAGGCGGCAGAUAUGGUUUACGAACGGGGCGUCGCCAGUAUUUCCCCAUCCGUCGAUCUCUGGACCAACUACUGCUCCUUCAAAGCGGAGACUUCCCACGACGUCGACAUAAUCCGAGAAUUGUUCGAACGCGGUGCGAGCAGCGUUGGGCUCGAUUUCCUCGCACACCCUUUCUGGGACAAGUAUAUUGAAUUCGAGGAGAGAGUGGAGGCCCCCGAGAAGAUAUUUGCCAUCCUAAGUCGGGUGAUUCAUAUCCCUAUGCAUCAGUAUGCUCGGUACUUUGAACGGUUUAGACAGCUUGCACAAACGCGGUCCUUGGCUGAAUUGGCUCCUCAGGAGACCUUGUCACAAUUCCGGGCGGAGCUGGACGCUGCCUCCGGACAAGUGGCACCGGGCGCCAAAGCGGAUGCUGAAGUCGAACGGGAUCUCCGACUGCGUGUUGAUAGCUAUCAUCUGGAAAUAUUCUCCAAGACACAAACGGAGACGACUAAACGGUGGACAUAUGAGUCGGAGAUCAAGCGCCCGUACUUCCAUGUGACUGAGCUGGACGAAGGUCAACUGUCCAACUGGAAAAAGUACCUGGACUUUGAGGAAUCCGAGGGCUCAUAUCCACGAAUUCAGUUCCUGUAUGAGAGGUGUCUCGUGACGUGUGCUCACUACGAUGAAUUCUGGCAACGUUAUGCCCGGUGGAUGGCCGCUCAGCCUGGAAAGGAGGAAGAAGUGCGCUGCAUCUACCAGCGCGCAAGCUGUCUAUAUGUGCCAAUCGCAAACCCGGCGACGCGUCUCCAAUAUGCCUAUUUCGAAGAAAUGUCUGGACGGGUGGAUGUUGCCAAGGACAUCCAUGAAGCAAUCCUGAUCAACAUGCCCGAUCACGUCGAGACGAUUGUGUCUUUAGCCAACAUGUGCCGUCGUCACGGUGGCCUCGAGGCGGCGAUUGAGAUCUAUAAGAACCAGCUGGAUUCGCCGCAGUGUGAUCUGGCUACGAAGGCCGCACUUGUUGCCGAAUGGGCUCGUCUUCUGUGGAAGAUCAAGGGUUCUGCUGAAGAUGCCCGCCAAGUGUACCUGACGAACCAGCAAUACUAUCUGCAUAGUGGGGCAUUCUGGUCGAGCUACCUGUCGUUCGAAUUGGAGCAACCAACGAGCGCUUCGACGGAAAAUGUACAAUACGAGCGGAUCAAACAGGUGAUUGAAGACGUUCGCUCCAAGAGUAGUCUGACCGCAGAUACGGUGAAAGACCUCGUACAGACCUACAUGGUCUACCUGCUUGAACGAGGCACCAAGGAUGCAGCCAAAGAAUACAUGACUCUGGACCGGGAAGUGCAUGGCCCUGCGUCGGUAUCUCAGACUAAGACUGGUGCUGCGGGACAGGUUGUUGAGCAAGCGAACACAACAACGCCUGCUGUCGUCCCUUCCGAUGUGCCACCACAACCGACCCCGUACCCUUACUUUCAGGAAAGCCCCGUGAACGGCAGCGUGGACGCCUAA